UUCCAGAUCUUCCGAACGUCAUGUCCGACAAGAACGAGCAAAUUUGUGUUUUCCAAGAAAAAUACAACACUUCGAUUAAAAGAAAACAGUACGAUUUCACCUGGAGGAUCAGCCAACUCUCCACAUGGCUGGCAAAUGUAGAAGGAGUGCAAUGUUCACCUGUUUUUCCCAACAACUCAAAAGAGAAAAUUCGUUGGGAAUUACGGUUUUAUCCUAAAUCGUAUACGGUAGAUCAGUACUGCUCGUUGUUCCUUAAAAUGCACUCUUCUAUGAAUCCGCAAAAAGACGUUCCCGUGACUUCAAAUCUGGCACUGAUGGACUCCAAAGGCAACAUCUUUUUCAAGCUUGUUGUAUCAGCAAAAUUUAAAGCAAAUGAGAGCAGAGGAUACACUCAGUUUUUUCUUUUAGAAACUCUACUCCAGAAAAUCCAGCCUGAGGAUGAGCUGUCGAUUAAAUGUACGAUUGAAGCCCAAGUCGAAAUCGUGACUGAGCCAGAAAAGGUGAUGAAGCUUCCGGAGAUUGUCUCCAGCAGCCUGUCCCAGGAUUUGGAAACUCUCGUAGGCGAUGAGCAGUUUGGCGACGUUACGAUGGUGGUCUGCGGAGAAAAGCAGCUCGCCCACAGGAACAUUCUGGCCGCUAGGAGUCCCGUGUUUGCCGCCAUGUUCUCACAUCCCUUGAAAGAAUCGGUUGAGAACUGCGUCGUGGUCGAGGAUGUCGAACCGACGGUGUUCAAAGCCCUGCUGCGAUACAUCUACACGGACAAGGUCACGUGUCUUGACACGAAGGCCCAGGAGCUGUACGCUGCUGCCGACAAGUACGGUCUUCCGGCGCUGAAAAGCUUGUGCCGCAACAACAUUCUGGAGAAGCUCUGUCCGGAAAACGCCGCCGAUACGCUGAAGCUAGCCGAUCUGCACAGCGACCUCGAGAUGAAGCGGUACACGUUGGCGUUCUUCAGCGGGAGCAAGGCGGCCCAAAUGACGAAAACGGCCGGUUGGAAGGACAUGGUCAGAACGCAUCCGCAUUUGGUCGAUGAGGCAUUUGACGCGUUGGCUGCCAGAGUUUCCUAGUUUCAGUGGGAAUUGAAAUGGUUAUCUGAUCACAUCUGUUUACAGAAUAAAGUUGAUUUGCAUUUAUUUG